UCUCCCCUUCCUGGCCACCCACCGGCAGUGAAAAAUGGCAAACGAAGAAGAGCUAGUACUGAUUCAGAUUGUUAUUGCUUCAGUAUAAACAAGGGAAGUUUUCCAUAUAUAACUAUAGAGUAAACAAGACACGAUGGAUCAAUUAAACGUUAAAGAACAACAAGAAUUUCAACAAAUCGUUGAACAAAAGCAAAUGAAGGAUUUCAUGAACUUAUACUCUAACUUAGUUUCUAGAUGUUUUGAAGAUUGUGUUAAUGACUUCACUUCUGCUAACUUAAGUAGUAAGGAAACCACAUGUAUUGCCAAGUGUUCAGAAAAGUUCUUAAAACACAGUGAACGUGUGGGUCAAAGAUUCCAAGAGCAAAAUGCUUUAUUGAUGCAAAACUUACAAAAACGUUAAGUCGGUUGAUUUACUAAUGUGGUUUUAUAGUAUCUACGGUGAUACAUUCAAAUGUAGCUGUUUCACAUAUAUGACUACAGUUUUUACAAGUAUUGAGUUAUUGCCACCAUUAUUGAUAUGACUAUAACUAACUCAACUCAUUUUCCAUGUGAAUACAAACUUGCUGUUAUUUUCUAUAUAUGUAAAUAGUUCAAAUCCUACUCAAUACAAGUGUUUAUUUAUUGUAUAAGAUUUUGUAUGUAUAGUAAAGAUGAAUGCUCAUGCUCAGAGAAAAUGUGGUGAAAAAUGUAAAUGGU